CUGCGCUCCUCGCGCACCUGUCGGCACAGUUCAUCUCGGUUCCGGAUAACAAACGGUUGUUGAACCAGAGUCGACAGUUGCAGGGGGGGAAACUUUCCUCGGUCAUGGCGGAGUCCCAGCUGGUGUGCAUGGACGAUGAGCACGUGAACGAGAAGGUCCCGGAGUCCCGACCGGAGUUUUACUACAGCGAGGAGCAGCGCGCGGCCCUGGAGCAGUUGCUGAGGAACGGGGACGGAGCCUUCAAGAUGCGCCUCAAGGAGGACAACAUCAAGGACUUCCUCUGCGCCAGGGAGGUGAAAGCUAUCCGUAAAACUUUUAACGAGUACGAAACGGACAGCGAGUCCGAGUCCGAGCAGGAGAAGCCCAAAGAGGCCUCCAGCGCGGACUCGGGGGUCCACUCCACUUACUGGCCGCAGAUGUCCGACGCAGAGGUGCCCUCUCUGGAUAUCGGCUGGCCUGGCAGCAGCGGCGUCUACAAGGGGGUGACCCGGGUGUCCGUGUACACCCAUCCGCCUAAAGAGCCAGGGCCGCACAUCAAGGAGGUGGUGAGGAGACUCAUACAGGGCUCUCAUAAGGCGGUGGCCAUCUUAAUGGACCUCCUGACGGACCUGCAGAUCCUCCAGGACCUACUGGAUGCCUCAUCACGACGUGGGGUUGCUGUCUACAUUGUGCUGGAGGCCAGGGGAGUUCCUCACUUCCUGGAUAUGUGCUCUCGGCUGCAGAUUAACGCGAUGCAUCUGAGGAAUCUUCGAGUGCGCAUGUUAAGAGGUGCAGGGCUUGCCUUGUCGUUUGGCAAGCUGCCCGGAUCCUUAUGCUCCAAAUACAUGCUGGUGGAUGGUGAGAAAGUCAUGUUUGGGUCCUACAGCUUUACCUGGAGUUCGUCUCGGAUGGACAGGAACACGAUUACUGUGAUGUCCGGGCAUAUUGUGGACUUCUUUGACAGUGACUUCAGGGAACUCUAUGCUGUGUCUGAACAGGUGGACCUCUAUAAGGAGUUCAACAUCACCAAGCCACCGCUUCCUACACCCAUCAUGAAACCAAAGGUGCAGCACAUCCGGCCUCUGCCUGUCUCCAUGUCCCGUUUUCAGGUAUCAGUUGGGGACUCUAGACAAAUGGACCUGAAGGUACCUGCGCAUAAGUACCACAACCCAAAGUACUCCCUGGUGUUUGGAAAUAGUUUGGGCCUGACAGGUUCUCUGCAAGACCUGUCGACACAAAGGGACCAACCAAUCAAUGAUUUUAACAAGGGAACCGGCUUGCAGAACAGCUUUCGUAACACCAACAUGGACAACAGGGUCCCUGCUGUAAACCAGGUUUCCCCAUCAAGUUCAAUUUCACCUGGAGAGGAGGAAGGUGAGGAUGGAAAGGGAGGUCAGAAGAAGAACCAGGUGGCUACAAUAAAGAAGCAACGCAGCUCCUUCCGGCACUUCUUGAAAAGCAAAGCAAUCAAUCAGAGUACAGAGACUAUAGAGGAAAGUGUGACUUCUCCUCAGAGUCCUACCCCCACUUGUAAAGUGCCUGAUGUCAAUGAUGUUGCAGGAAAUGAGUUUGAGGACUCGUUUGAGAUCAUUGAGAAACCAGGACCACUGAAACCACUGAAAACCAAGAAGCCUUCAAAGCUCACGCAGAGGAGCAUGUCUCUGCAGACCAUCAACACAGGAGAUGAAGAUGGAUUCAAAUCUCGGCGGCGGCAUCAGAAGAAGAACUGUAUCCAGUCAUGAGAUGUAAACACGCUGCCAUAAAAAAGAGAUGUCAUAGUUAAACAUAUCGCAUCAGCUGAGUCACAGUAUCGUCUUACUGUGACUAAGUGACGCCACUUUAUCAGCAGUGAGUUCAGUGUUCGUCUCUGAGCUGUCAUUGAAGUGAAGGUCACCACUGAAGACCAGUCAGUCUAAAAACAUGUAGCCAAUUAGUGCUAAUACUCCCACUGCCAUUAUUCCAUUUUCUAUAUUUUUUUUUAUUAAGUUAUUCUGCUUUUAAAUCUUGUUUCUGUUUUACAAUUCUUUCCUUGAACUUUAACAGAGAUGUGGUGUAGGUGUAUUACAUCACACCUAUUGCUUUGGUUGCUAUAGGGACAGGAAAAGUGAUCGGUAGCAGUGUUGUCCCUGAAUGUCACCUUACCAUAGGUCCUUGGUAACAGAAGUAUCAGUGUGUGUUGUACAGGCUGUGAAUAAUGCACAAGAGCCUUUGUGCAUGCACUUUGGGACCUUUCCAGAUGAAACUUAAGCAUAAAACUAGAAUGUGAAUCCUUGAGGAUAAUAUGCGAUGCAAAUAAUCCCUACAACGCAGCAGUAAUUAGACAAAAUAUGUAAUAUAUUAAGAAUACCAGCAUAAACUAGUUUGUGUGAUUGGAAAUCAGAUAAAAUUCCUCAUGUUGGCAAAUAUGUGACAGAUUUUUUUUAAAUUAAGUUACAAGAGCUUGUUAAUUAUGUGAGGCUCGGCACACGCUGUUCUUAAUAAAACACAUUGUCUGAUAGUCUUUUUCAUGUCACUGUAGGCUUUAGUUUGUAUCUCUGUGCAUGCCAUAAAUAAAGAUCCUUGAAUCCUUGAAUAAAAGCUUAAAACCUGAAGUGAAGCAGUGCUCAUAUUCCAAUA